AUGUGGGGAACGAACCCUGGUUCCUGCCGCGAAUCUUGUCAACCUGAUGAUGCUGCGCCUGUAUUUCUGCUUGACCUGACCUCAGUACAAAUCGUCUUCAGACCUCACUCAUACACUACGUCUUUCAGCCCCUUCAAGCACUCCAACGUCGACCGAACGCUCCAUCUCGCACGCGCAUACGCAUAUAUCCCCAUCAACUCACACACCCACACUCACGCCAUGUCGACAGUACCUCCGACUCUGAUCAACCUUCCUCCUCCAGACCCAAUGACGCCCUCAGAUGCUCCUGGCACCCCCAAUUCCACCACAACCUCCAUGUCGGAGCUCUCAACUGUUGCUAUCAAGGACGGCCACCGGGGUCACCUGCCUCACUCGCACCACUCACAAGCUCCCACAUCCGGCACUUUGGACGCCGAACGCGCCGAUCGUAUCUCACGCCUCGCUGGUCUUGAGCGUGUGACGACUGCUCGCAACCCCACUCCCAUCUCCAACCUGACCCCUGGCGCUGCCGCUCCCCACUCGGCCGCCGCCAGUGGCUACUUUGAUUCUCAGGGAAACCCUCUUCUGGCCCGUGAACGCAGCACUGUUGGCUCAGCUUCGGCAACUGGUAGCGUCGGCGGCCGCACAACUACCUGGGCCAGUGGCAGCGAUGUCUUCGACCACGACAAGAUGAGCGAGAGUCAGGAUAUGGAUAUGGAUACCUCCAGUGUUGGUGCUGCUUCCGACACGAACAGCCUCGUUGGCUUUGGGGAGGGUGCUCGCACUCCUGCGCGUCACAGCGCCAUCGGAAGUCCCAGUGUAACGAAAUCCACUCCCACCGCCUCGGCGCUGUCACAACCUUUCCAGAGAGAUUCUAGUUUGACUCCUGUCAGUUCUUACGCUCAGUCAGAACAGCAGGACGUCUCGAUGGUCGACCGCAGAACUCUUGAUACUGGAACCGAGACCGCUGAACGCAUCAUCCGCGAGCGCCUCGGUCCCGAGGGUCUGCCUGAGUCAAGUCGUGCUGUGGUUGAGCCUUUGAGAUAUCUUGAUAUCUCAGCACCCAAGAGCAGGGUCACACUGUAA